AUCCUACAAGAGAAUUCUGCUCCCAAAAGCCAUAAUGCCAGUAUUCCAUAAUUCCACUUCUCCUACUUUCUUCUUGACGGGGGUCCCUGGACUUGAAUGGGCCCAUGUCUGGAUCUCCAUCCCCAUCUGCUGCCUCUAUUUAACUGCCCUUUCUGGGAAUACCCUGAUCCUUUUUGUCAUCCUCACUGAGCCAAGCCUCCAUGAGCCCAUGUACUAUUUCCUCUCCAUGUUGUCCACCACUGACAUUGGCUUAUGCAUCUCUACACUGGUGACAGUGCUGAGAAUAUUGUGGAUCAAUGCUCAGGAGAUCAGCUUCAAUGCUUGUUUAUCACAGAUGUUCUUCAUUCACCUCUUCACUUUCAUGGAAUCUUCAGUGCUCCUGGCUAUGGCCUUUGAUCGUUUUGUGGCCAUUUCUAACCCCUUAAGAUAUGUUACCAUUCUAACUCAUGCAAGAAUCGCACAGAUUGGUUUGGCAGUCAUUACCAGGGGGACUGUCAUCUUGACACCUCUAAUCAUACUUCUUAAGCAACUGUCAUUCUGCCGCAGCCACGUGCUCCGCCACUCUUACUGUUUCCACCCUGAUGUGAUGAAACUCUCAUGUUCAGACACAAAGAUCAACAGUGCGUUAGGAUUAACUGCAAUCAUCUCUACUGCCGGAGUGGACUCCAUCUUUAUUGUGCUCUCCUAUCUGCUGAUCAUUCGCUCAGUUCUCAGCAUUGCAUCCACAGAGGAGAGGAAGAAGGCCUUCAGCACCUGCAUUUCUCAUAUCACUGCUGUUGGCAUAUUCUAUGUCCCUUUGAUCAGCCUGUCCUUUGUUCACAGAUUUGGAAAACAUGCCCCACCCUAUGUGCCCACCCUCAUUGCUAACGUAUACUUGCUCAUCCCCCCUGUGAUGAAUCCCAUCAUCUACAGUGUGAAAACAAAGCAGAUUCAGAAAGCUGUGCUCAAAUUUGUAUGUUCCAAGGGAAUUCAUAUUUAACAUGUACUACUCCUAAAGACUUAUUUCACAGUCUAGAAAAUUUACCACAAGCUGGAGUUACAAACCCAUGCAUGCAAUUUUAGAGUUGCGUGAAACUGAAUGCCAUCCAAUUCAAAUGUCUCCACAAUGUGAUUAUCAUUGCUAAGCAAUCUAUUUUCUACCAUCAAGAUACUCAUUGAGAUUCUCACUAUCUUAGUUACCUGGUUCCAACUGAUGACUGAACUAAUGUUUCUAUGCUGUUUCUGCUCAAUGAUCACAUCAUUCACUUUGAAUCAAGAUUCCAAAUAUCCAGGCCUAAGAAAAAUUUUAAAUGAACAAAUACAUGCAUCUUCUAUGUUUAUUUUUCAUGCACCAACUAAAUGAAGCAGCACAUCCUGUCUAUGGUAAUUUCCUCCACAAUUCAGGCUUAGCUUUUCUUUAAAUUUUCAUUCACUUUUUUUCUCUUUUCCCAUACUCUGCAGUGUAAAAAUGCCAGUCUGCUUACGACUUCUUCAAAUGCAUGCAGUUUUUUCAUGGUGGGCUUUACCGUUGGCUCCACUUCAACACCCACUUCACCUUGAAAUUCUACUUAUGUUUCAAGAUUCAUCUUUAAACAUCUUCCUCAUUAAACAUUUUAUGAUUGCUCAAGUGAUAUUUGUUCUGUCCUUAUAAUUUUCCUUUCAUAUUGCUUUGUUCAUGACAGUUUUGCCUUUAUAUGUGUGCACAUCUGUGUGUAUAUCAUUAUAGCUUUCACAAGACUGUACAUUUCCUAAAUAAAAAGUCUUGAUUUUAUUUGAAGCUUCCAUAACACUCAGCAGAACACCUUUCACAUAGCAGAUAUUUAUUAAUAGUUGUUGAAUUGAACUAUACAUAAAAACCUAUCAAAUAGUCUAUCUAAAAAUUCCAGCGAUAACUCCUUUGAUUCAAUAUCUGACAUGUGUAACACAAGAAAUUUUCAACUGUGUAAAAUUUUUUUGCCGAUAUUACCUGGUAACUGGUCAUAGUUCUAACUUUCCAAACUACAUAGUUGAAUGGCUAUUUUGGAAGUUUCAGUCUCAGAAAAUUGUCUCGGUUUGGACCCACAUCCAAUAAACAUGUACUUCUUGUCUAUUCUUUUAAAAAAAAUAGAUUUGGGAUGCAAAGUUUUGUUACAUGGAUAUAUUGCAUAGUAGAAGUCUGGACUUUUAGUAUAGCCAUCAUCCAAAUAGAGUACACUAUACUCAUCAAAUAUUUCUCCUCUCUUACCCCACUUCUACCCUCCUAUGCUUCGCAGUCACCAAUGCCUAUCAUUCCACUCUAAAUGUCCAUAGGUGCACAUUAUUUAGCUCUUACUUGUAAGUGAGAAUAUGCAGUAUCUUACUUUUUGAGUUAUGUCACUUAAGAUAAUGUCCUCUAGAUCCAUCCACGUUACUGCAAAAGACAUCUCUUCAUUCUUUUUUAUGACUGAGUACGAUUCUAUGCUAUCUUCCCUACUGACCACAUUUUCUUUAUCCAGUCAUCCAGUGAUAGACAUUUAAGAUUGAUUCCAUAUUUUUGCUAUUGUUAAGAGUACUGUAAUAAACAUAUGAAUACAGAUA